AUCCCGGCAGGGCGCGGAAGUGAGGCAGGAGCUUGCGGUCCCGUGACCGUUGUGGAGCUUGGUAGCUACAGCGCGGAGGGCUGAGCGGCGCGAUGGCAGCGGGGUAUCAGUACGGGCCCGGCCCGGGUAUGCAGGCGCCCAACUUCCUGUGGAGCGUGUUCCAGAGAGUUGAUAAAGACAGGAGUGGAGUAAUAUCUGACAGUGAACUUCAGCAGGCAUUAUCCAAUGGAACAUGGACUCCAUUUAAUCCAGCAACUGUCAGGUCAAUCCUGUCCAUGUUUGACAGAGAGAACAAAGGUGGCGUGAACUUCAAUGAAUUCACUGGAGUCUGGAAGUAUAUCUCAGAUUGGCAGAAUGUUUUUCGAACAUAUGAUAGAGACAGUUCUGGAAUGAUUGACAAAAAUGAACUAAAGCAAGCACUAACAGGUUUUGGAUAUCGACUAUCUGAUCAAUUCUAUGAUAUCCUUGUUCGGAAAUUUGACAGACAAGGAAGAGGACAAAUUGCUUUUGAUGACUUCAUUCAGUGCUGUGUUGUGUUGCAGAGGCUGACUGAUGUAUUCAGGCGCUAUGAUACUGAUCAGGAUGGCUGGAUUCAAGUGUCUUAUGAGCAAUAUCUUUCCAUGGUCUUCGGCAUUGUAUGACAGUGACCAGUGCAAAUGAGAUUGGCUGUUAGCGAUAUAAAGACUGGAGUUGCCAAAUCUUGUCACUUACUGACUAUGACUAAAAUGGAUAUAACUUUUUUCGUUCUCUUAAAUUGUGUAUCUCACCAGCUUCAGAAUCUGUUUGUACUCAAGCUGCUCAGCUUUUAUGUUGUAUUACUGUAACAACAAUGGCCAUAUCACCAUUUAGUGCAAAAUUUAGAAUUGUUUGUGAUGUCAGUGCUAACACUUUUUUUUCCAGAUUAUCAUGCAUGGGGGAAAAAAUAUUUUUUUAGAAAUGCCAAAUUAAAGUAGUAAUGCUUGUUUAAUUAAAAGGGAUUUAAAGGUCAGACAGAAGUUGCACAACAUGGUUUGCACGUGCCUUACUUUUUAUAAGAAUUUAAUGCAUUAAUUUUAAUACAGAAUUUAAAACAGUAAAGACAUUAGACAGUCACACUGUCCUGUCCAGUUUUUGUGCAUAAGGACAUUUCUCCAAAGGCAGCUCUGAUAGAUCCCUGCUCUUGUGCCUCAUGAUGUCUGAACUUAAGCCUCAAGUGUGCUGAGUCAUUGAAUGGCCUCAUCAGCAGGACUUGCCUUCCUGCCAGGCUCAAUAGCCAGCAAUUGAACAUACCCUUAGUUCUUUACUCAUCAUGGAUGGGUUUGAGUUGGAGCUUCCUUAUUAACUUCUGUUUGCUCCCUGCUAUGCCUGACCAGUUUAGUUCCAGCUUGGUUUUUCUAUUGUUUAGUUCUUAGCUAAGUGCAGAUUCUUCUUUGAGUGAUGUCCCUGUGGAUGCUCCACUUCAGGCGAUUCUGCGCCCCCAUAGGAGAAUUCAGUGUCCGGUUUGGCCACAUAUGAAUCCUCCCUAUCUCACACCGCCAGUAGCAGUUAACUAACAUUGUGCGACCAAACCUCCCGCACCUGCCUCAGUUCUUUCUCAACCACCUUUAGUCUGAGUCAGAGCUAACAGCAGUGCCUCUGUAUGUCUUACCUUUAGGAAUAAUAUAAGCAGUAUAGUUAGGUACAUAUCUAACUCUUUUCUCCCCAUUAGAAAUAGAAAUUUUUGUUUCAUUAGCCCUUUGAGAGAAAACUUCACCUGGGAAUGCUGGGUGUCUCUAAACUUUAAACCGUUUUUAGCUAAGUGCAGACUCCUAGCGUUUUACUCUGUUUACUUUAUGAGGGAUCUUUGCCUAAAGCAGCACCUGCUCAAACAAGCCAUGGGCCCUGCUUCAGCACCGAGGGCUACACUGGAUUGGAGGUUGCCCUCAGGUUCUGAGUGUGCUGCCAUUUUGCUGCUAGCACCUCUCUGAAGAGAUAGAGAAGUUGCUCCAUGUGGAGUUUGCUGAGAGAAGGUAAUAGAAUACCAAUCAUUGUUCCUGCAGGAAGAGCGUAGACCAGCAUAGUGUGAAUGCUGGUGCAUGGGAUGGAGCUGGUCUGUCAAUCACUCCCUGGUAUCACUCAUGGCAGUUAGAGAUUCCAUACCAGCUCUUCUGGCCCUGGAACAUCUGUUGAGUUCAGUACCAAGGAAGGCAAUGCCUGCACCAUCUGUUCCUGUGCUGGUGGCAUAUCAGGCAGCAACAGACCUCUGCCUUUCAGUCCAAUCCUCUCCCUUCAUCUGGGACUUUGCAGGGCUGCAUCUUUUAUAACCCUAUUGGCUGGCCAGGUUGCUGAACCUGUGGGUCUGUCAGCACCAAACACUGCUGUUUCCCUUGCAGAGUUAGUGAAAAUGGAGCUCAUGCUGGGCUCAACCCAAGUCAACUCUUCAGCACCCCUGCUCCCAGCACUGCUGAUGUUACCAAGGAGGCACUCACCACCCUGUACAAUUGGCAUGGUUAGUCACUGUGGUACUGCUGCUGACUUUGGCGUCAACACCACUUCCAGCACCAGAAAUAACAGAGGUGGACUUGGUGCCACAGAUGAGACAGACCAGUUGCUCGCACCUUUGGGCCUGGCUCCACCUUUAUCACCUGAAGUUCAGGACUUCUCGGCAUCCAGGUGGGGAUCUUCCAUCUGACCCAUAUCAGGUGGAUCACUGUAAGCACCAGGAUUAGCACUCACCUCACAGUUGGGACAGAUUUAAAUCCACUCCAAAGAUAAGGACUCUAAAUGGAUGGCCCUAAUGGGGAGGAAGAUUUACAUCUCCUCUUGGUUACAGACCCUCAUUGCUAAUUGGUUGGCCUUGCUGUCCGAAUACAACUUUGUGAAUUGGAUGGCUAUGUCUAAAUUUGAAGACCAGCUGCCCAAAGCCUCAAGGAAGGACUUUUGAGCACUUAUUACAGAAGGCUGCUUGAUGGCUAAGACUUCAUUGCAGUCUAUGCUGGACAUUGCAGAUAUUUCAGCCAGACUCAUGGCCUUGGCAUGAGAAGGGCAUCCCUAUGACGACAGUCAUUUUGGGGGGGGCAAAAUGGAUGAAAUUCUGCACUCUUUCAAGGACUUCAGUCUUACCCUAUGGUCCCGGGGGGAGGGUGUACUAUGGCGGUCAACAGCAGCAGUGUUGUCCACAGUGCACAUUUGGGCAGCCUUUCCCUACCCCAAGAUAGCAGGACUACACCAGAAAGGGGCAUAGGUCCUAGAGGAGGUAGUAUUCAAAUUCAGGGUUUGACCAGUCAACAUGCCUUCCCCCGGCACACCCCAAAGCCCAUUUUGACUCCUUGGUCCAGAGCAGUGAUCCAGUUAUUGUUCCCUUCUCCCCAUCCCCUCCAGUUAGGGACAGGUUGGCUUACUCUAUUGACUAUCCUCCUGUGUUGUCUCAAAAUGAUUGGUUUGUUUCUCUGGACUCUGAGGACACCUAUAUGGUGGUUUUGCUAAGCCACAGAAAAUUCCUUCAGUUCACUGUAGCAGAGCACCACUUUCAGUAUAUGGUGCUUCCCUUCUCUCCCUUGAGGAGUUGCCAGAUGGAUGAUUGUCAUGACAGCAUACCUCCGGAAGAAAAAAAUCCUCCAUCUUCCCAUCCCUGAACUAGUGGUUACUGAGGAGCAAGUCCAGAGAGGAAAUCCUUUACAAUAUCGACCCUACACUGCUUGCUCGACUGUGUGGGUCUCAUCCUAAACAAUGGAAAGUCCUCUGUGUUUCCCACUCAGAAAACAGUUCGGUGAGGCCCUGACUUUAAGAGAGUUUUUGCGGACUGAUCGUUGUCAGGAGAUUUGCCACCUUUCCCCCAGCCUGGAUUAGGGAGCAAGCUGGGGUUGUUGAAUUUUCAAGGGCUGUGUCAGAACAGAAGUCCUUACUGCAUAUCAAUGUGUUGGAGUUUGGGGCCAUCUACAAUACAUGUCACGCUUUCCUGGGCUGUAUCAAGGACUCAGUAGUUCACCUACUUACCGACUGUAUCACUCUGAUGUUGUAUGUGAACAGGCAAUGGGGAGUAUGCGCAACAGUGCUCUGCCAAGAGGCAAUCAGGUUGUGGCACUUAUCCAUGGAGGAGAGUAUCACACUGCUAGCCAACCACUUGCCCGGAGUUGGAACUCAUCUCAUGGACCAUCUCAGGAAUUUUGCCCUGAAGCACAAGUGGUCUCUGAACAUAAGUGUCCUCUAACAAGAAACUGUGACAGUACCUCCCAUAAGGCUUUAUGGGAAUAUGACAUAACUGGAAUAUGUUUUGUGCUGCCUGUGCCAUGUAACAUAUCUCUGUUAUGAUCUUCUGUAUCUUCAUCUUAUUUGUACACAUAUAUCAUUUUGUACUUGAGGUUAAGAAUAUUGGUUGUAUACCUGCUUGAUUUCUAAGCAAGCUUUGUGAAGCAUUUGGUCAGCUUCUUCAGGAAGGAAUUUGAAAAGUUAAGUACCUGAUCAGGAAGCACUUGGGGAACAAUGCAUCUUGGAAUGCUCCAAUCCACGUAAGACUUCCUGGAGACAUAAAAGACACCAUGUGGACAAUGGCUUCUGCCUGCAAAGACUGUGAGUCAUGCAUGGACAUGUGACUUGCCCAGGUGACUCCAGAACUCCAUCUUGGAGCUGGACUUUGCAUAGGAGCAGGGGUCUCCACCCACAAGAGAGUCUAUUUAAACCCCUGGGAGACCCCUCCAUGUUGGUCUUCAGCUGGCUAAAGAAGGAACCUCUCCACCCUCUAGGAUACUUGAAAAGUGGAACAAAGGACAGUAAGUACAGGAGGUGUAAGUGAUUGCUGGACCCAGGCUAAAAGGAGAUUAGUCUGUAAAAGGGAGCAUUCUGGAACUGGUGAGGAACUUAUCUGUGUUUAGUUUGAUUAGACAUAGAUUUGCGCAUUUUAUUUUAUUUUGCCUGAUGACUUACUUUGUUCUGUCUGUUACUACCUGGAACCACUUAAAUCCUACUUUCUGUAUUUAAUAAAAUCACUUUUUACUUAUUA